AUUUUAGUUUGUGUUGAAGUUCGUGAUAAAAAGAGUACGCUCCGCACAAUUGAAAAUAUAAUUGAGAGUAAUCGUGGUAAAAAGCAGUUGAUUUUAGAUAAUUUUAAAUUUCGAAUUAGUUCAUCUAAUAAAGGACUUAUUCGUUAGCGGUGUACAACUAAAAACUGUACAGCAAAAGUUUAUACAGAUGAAAAUUAUACAAUUAUUAACAAUACAAAUACACCACAUCACAACCAUGAUGAAUAUUCCCGCCAAGCAUUGAAAAAGCAGGUUCUAAAUACAGCAUGUAAAAGAAAAGCUAUUGAAAAUCCAGUCUCGAUCGUCAUUUGUCGUCCAAGGUCGUUGGUCGCCAAACGGUUUUCGAGAUUUUACUGCCUAUUUGACAGUUUAUUUGGUAGCGUCACGUCGUUCAGUCCACUAUUUUCCAGCGAUUUCGCGAUUACUUGAACAGCACUCGCCAGUCAAUAAUAUCAGCGUAGUUGUUGCAUGUGCAUAGUCACGUCGACCUAAUAAUACAGAGCGUCAGAAAUAUACAUAUAUAAACCAGCAACGUCUGAUUGUCGGUUUACAUAAAGCAAAAUGCAAGCGGUAAAAAUCAAGAAUUUAAAUAAAUCUUAUAUGAAAAAAGCUUUCAUUGUAAAAGGAAAAAUUAAGUACCUCAAAGUAGAAAAUAAUAGAAAUAAGGAUGGAAAGCAUCUCAAUUCUAUACUUUAUGAUGACAGUUCCGAGAUAGAAGUUGUAGCUUUUAAUAACUGCGAUGAAAUAUAUAAGCAGCUAUGUACUGGCAAUGUUGUACAAAUUAAAAAUUGUAAGUUAAGAGAAGUUCAUAAAGAUUAUAAAAAAACCAAGCACAAGUAUAACAUAAUAUUGGAGUCUAAUUCAAUAAUUACAAUCGUAAAUAAUGAUGAGGUAAAUAAUGAUGACUUUCCAGUUCACAAAUUCACUACAGGUGAAUCACUAAAAACUCUAAUAUCAGGAAUGAUAAUUGGUUUAGUGAAUGAAUUACCUGACCAAAAACCGUCGACUUCAAGUUUAACCCCUUUUAACAAGAGAAAAACUCAAGAUUUUAAUGUUGAAGAAGUUACCUCAAAAAUUCUAAAAACUGCUGAGCCCGAAGAGUCAUAUUCUGAUGAGAAAUUCGUUAAAGUUGUGCUGAAACUCUUGGGAAAUGUCAACAAUAACAAAAAUGUAGUAAAAUUGCGCAUUAUAGAAUUUAUCUCAGAGAUACUUCCAAAAAAUAAUACAUAGUUAGAAUUAUAAAAAUAUUAUAAUAUCUAAAUUGCUACCUAUUUAUAACAAUUGUAUUUUUUUUUUUUAUAUUUAUACACUUUAUUAUUAUUUACUUUAAUGAACAUUUUUUAACAGUCAAUCACUAUAAUUAUUUCAUUAUUAUCUCAAAAAAUAUAAUCAUGAAUUCAUAACCAUGAAAAUGUAUUAAAAAUUGUAUUAAACUAAAGAUUUAUCAUGUUCCUACUCACAAGAAUCUAGAAAAAGUCUAAUGUAUUUUUACUUGAAAACCACAGGAAGAAAAUGAAAUAAAUAAAUUAAGAGGAUGUUAUAGCAAAAAAAAGUGUCAUAAAAACAUGGUUGUGUACUUCAAGUAAUACGGCAUAUUGAAAGGGUUUUCAAUAAAAAUUAUAGAGGAGAAUUUUAUCUAGUCAUAAGCAAUCCAAAUGUUGAUAUUUUUAUUAAAUAGUUAAAUAUUAAACAAUAAAAAAUAAAAUAGACUUGUGGUACCCACUCGGCUACCUUUUUAAAAAAAAAUUGUUUAAUUAAAGUAAAAAUUUUACCUUAAGUAGACUUACAAUACCUACAUUUUAUUCUUUUCAGAAUUGAAAAUAUUGUUUUCAAUAUCGCUUAUUUUAGUGACAAUUAGGUAAUUGGAAAUCUUAUGAACUUCGAUAAAUUCUAAAUGAUUUAAUUAUUUAAUAAGACAUUUUCCCUGCAUGUGCUGUCUCCAUAUUGUACAUUUUAGAAUAUUAGCAUUUAGUAGAAAACAUUUCAUGGUGUUUGCUUUAAUAUUAAAAUCAAUUUACCUAUUAUAAUUUAUAAUUAAAAUUGAAAUGUCAGAAAUGUCAUCUAUAUACCAAAUCAGAAAACCAAAAAUAGUUUUUAUCCUUCACUAAGUGUUAGCAUUAUAGCAUUAUAGGUAACCAAACUUAACACGGAUGCAUUUUGUACAGGCGACGAGCUAGAACUAGUUAAAUUAAUUUUGUGAUUGUCCACUAUCUUGUUCUAAGCACCUAAGCAGUCUAAUAAAAUGUAAACAAUUAAAAAAUCAAAUACAGAUUGUAAUCAAAUAAUUUUAAACCUAUAAAAUAAAAAUACAAUGUUAUUUUUUAAAGAUUUAUACCUGUGUAAAUUUUUUUCAAUAAAACUCAUAAUCAUAUUAAA